ACUUAACCUGAAUGUAUAUAUACUGGACAGAAAUUCUUUGAAGUCAUUUUCCAUCUUGACGGUCACAAAAUAACGUAUUUUUGUAAUUCAAAUUUUACUUUUGGAUAAUAUUUUAUUAGGUAGAAACUAAGAAUGAAACCAUGGCUGCUUACAACUGGUAAAAUGUCUCUAUGCUGGAUUUUAAUUAGUUGUUUAGUUUCACUGUGUAUGAUACAGGCUGAAAGAGGAGUUGGUGAAUAUGGUUCAGCAUGUAAUGUCACCAGUGACUGUAAGGUUGGGUUUAACUUUGCCUGUUUAUACAAGACGUGUUCCUGUAGUAGCUCCUUCUACUACAACCAAGGUCUAUGUAAGAAAAUCUGCCAUGGGUCAUCUGAAGGCUUGGUAAGGCACCAGUAUCAUCAGUAUGCACAUUAUAAACUCCGCUACACAAAUUGCUCAUACGUGGAUGGAAGUCUUGAAAUAACCAGUCUCAAGGGCAACUACGACCUUGGAUUUCUUAAAGAUAUUGAGGAAAUUGAAGGGUAUCUUCUGGUCGUGAAUGUGUACUCGAACUAUCUUAAUCUCACGAAAUUGAGAAUCAUUCGUGGUAAAGAGUUGUAUCACUCAAAAGGUGAUGAAUAUAGUAUGUACAUUGCUUUGAACCAUAAUCCGAAAAAUUUAUCGGAAGGCUUGUUGGAACUACAAUUCAAGAGUCUGACAGAAAUUGUUCAAGGUAAAGUGUACUUUCAGAACAACAACCUGCUAUGCUACCUGAACACAAUUUUAUGGGCUGAUAUUAAUCCAAACACAAAGCCGCCAACCGAAUUUGUGUACGACCUUCAAGGUUACAAGCGGACAUGUCCACCAUGUCCAGCAAGUUGUUAUAACUCAGACACCAGACACUCACAUUGUUGGGGAAGCUCGGAUGAUAUGUGCCAAAAAGUAAAUUACAUCAAGUACGUAUGUAGCCAGUCAUGUGAUGGUCGAUGUUUUGGAAAAGAAAAGAACCAGUGUUGUCAUACAGAAUGUGCCGCUGGUUGUAGCGGGCCUCGCAGAGUUGACUGUCUGGCUUGCAAAAAUUUCUACAAUGAUGGAGAAUGUCUUCCGUCUUGCCCACAAAUAAAAUUUUAUGAUCAACGGUGGGUAGAGAAUCUGAAUGGAAGAUACUCGUUUGGUUCACUCUGUGUCAAGGACUGUCCAAAUUAUUUGGUGAAGGAUGGGGAUGGCUGUGUGAUCAAAUGCCCUGAAGGAAAAUAUGCGAACAAAUCAACCAAUGUCUGCGAGGAUUGUGAGGGGCCGUGUCCAAAAAUAUGUGAAGGAGUGCCAGAAUCCGGGUUUCUACACAGUAAGAACAUAGAAAACUUCAGGGGCUGCACAGUGGUUGAAGGAAACUUAAAGAUUCUAAAAGUUUCUUUUAUUGGGUAUGCAAAACAAACGUAUUAUUUAUUACUAUAUGCUUUUACGGUUAUAAAAUGACUUGAAACAACGAGA